AUGAAACCGCAGCACUGGUGUGGGAUGACUGCUAAGAUGGGCACUAUGCUGUCAGGGGUCUUCACCAUCUUGGCCACAAUCAUGUACUUCAUCUUUGAACAGAAGUACCUAAGGAAUAGCAAUUGCACUGACAUGAACAUACACAGCUGGGGUACAAAUGGCAUGAUGGAUCAGGAUGGCUCCUGCUGGAUCCUUAAUGUCAUCCUUUUCCACUCUUUCAUCACUAUCACCAUCAGCUGCUUCCUACUGUACUCAGCAUAUGCUCAGAUCUACAGAGGCCUGGUGGCCUACACCAUCUGGAUCUUUUUCUAUGAAACUAUAAACAUCAUAAUACAAAUCAUCACCUACGACAAAGUCAAGAUAGCAGAAGUCAGAGUCAUGCGCUGGUUUGGCUUGGUGUCCCGUGUACUUAUGCACUGUUUCUGGAUGUUCUUUGUCAUCACCUAUGCCUGUAUAAUCUACAAAAAUAAAAUCCAGGGCAAUAUAAUUUCCUGCAACAGACGCAUUUCUAUGGGCAGUGGAGAUUCUCCAUGGCGGAGGUCGAAGAUUACCAGCUUUGUCCAACAUUAUAAGGAAUAA